ACAAAUAAAACUUCCAAUCUAUAUCUCUGUGAAUACCAUGUCGACAAUAGUAUGCCAGCAGAAUUUCGUCACCGAGACCACUACUACCACCCUAAAACUAAGAGUCGCUCAGCCCGGCGAUGACUCUCUCGGAAGCUGGGGAUUUCUCCAAAACAACUCUCACCAAUCAUCAUCCCCCAAUAAAGAUUUCUACUACACUCACCCUUUAUCCUACAAUUCCAAACUCAGCCCUAAAUCCCUUCAAUUAUGCACCGAGAAUUUGGGGAGCGAAUCCGGCUACGACACCUUCUCCGACAGCGAUACCUUUUUCUCCGACGAUCACCCAACCUUCUCGCUCCGCCAUUGCAAACACCACAAAUCUUCUCCCAAAAAUUGCCGGAAAAUCAAUGAUUUCCCGCCGCCGCUGACCACAAUGAGCGGCGCCAGCUCGCUGCAGGUGCGCCGCCACAGGGAAGGCGGCCGCCUCAUCAUAGACGCGAUCGAGGGGCCUUUCCGAAACUCCUACCUCCACGCGGAGAGGAGCGAUGGCCGCCUCAAGCUCUGCUUCACCACCGCUGCCGCUCGAGAGGAGGAAGAAGAAAUUGAAGAAGAAAUUGAGGAGUCUGGAAAUGAAUUUGAAUCGGAAUCAGAAUCGGAUGUGGAUAUGAACUUGUUGGAGAAAUUUCAGAGGUUUAGUAGGUGCAAAGAUGGCGGCAGCCAUGAAACCAAAGCAUUGUGCAGUAAUUGGAAACCUUCUACACUCUGGGUCGCAACUUCCUAAUGCUACUAUAAUUUUUUUUCUAAUAUUUUUUGGAUCUACAAAUUUUAAUUUUGUUGGAUCCUUUUUUUUCACCUAACUAAUCUUUUCGUUUUGGCUUUACUUUGGAUGGAUUGGAAUUAUGGGGUGUGGUUUGCAAAUCA